AUGUGCCCCAUGCUGAGUAGAGUACUCAAAGUUGUUAUUCCUUGGCCUGAUAUCGAAAUGAUACGUAGCAACCUACCUAAAUCAUUCCAAAAAUAUAAAAAUACAAGAAUUAUAUUAGACUGUGCUGAAACUGUGAUUGAAAAAUGUAAAUGUUUAAAAUGUAGAAUAUUGACAUACUCUCAAUAUAAAAAAAACAAUACAGCGAAGUUUAAUAUUGGAAUAACUCCUUCUGGCCUUAUAACUGAAAUAAGUGCAUCUUAUGGUGGUCGAGCAUCAGAUAAACAUAUUUUAAAUGAAUCAGGAAUCUUAAAUAAAUGCGAGUUUAAUGAUGGAGUGAUGGUGGAUAAAGGAUUGAAUCCGAAUGUAAUGAACAUCUGCUUCAGCUUGUCAGGCCUCCUUUCUUGA